UUAUAGAAUACCAUAAAAAUUUACAGUUUACUUUAAAACAAUUCGAAAAAGUUAAAAUGUUUUCUAAAAAUAUUACGCUUUUAUGCGUGUGUAAUUUGAUAAAGAUGAUAUCGUCAAAUGAGAUAGUAACACAUAUAACAAGUGUUGAGGGGGAUAAUAUGGGUUUCACAUUUCAUAAAACAAUUCUAAAUUUUCCAUUUAAAUUCAAUCCAGUUGAUGAAGUUUGGAGAAAAAACAAAUGUGAAAGUUUGGGAUUUACGUUUAUAAAACAUAAGGAUUUUAAGUCAGCUCUUUUACAAAACUACCAUUAUGAAAAAUUAUAUGAAGUUUUGUCUGAACUAAUAUGUGGAGAUAAAAAAUUUGGAAUACCAUUACAAAAAAGUAUUUGUUCAAGCAUAAAAUCAAAUGAGGACUUAAAAAAACUUUUUCGUGAUGAAGAAGCUUUUAUUGAUUAUCUUGAUCGUAAUACAUUUAAAAAUCCAGUUUCACCGUAUAAUAAAGAUGGAUCUGAUGUAUGUCCAAUUUGCUUGGAUAAAGCCGAUUUACCUGUUGUUUUUGACAAGUGUUUACACUCUUUAUGUAAAAAAUGUGCUGCUCCACUAGAACAUACAAAUCAAAAGAGAUGUCCAGUUUGUAGAGAAAAUUUUAGUUCAUACACAGACGAAGGGAAGAUAGAUAGUACGUGUAGUUUUAUAGAAUAUUAUGCUGCAGCAUAUUACCUGGAUGUGUGUAUUUUUUUGUUCAUGAGAGAUCGUGAAUGGAUGUUUUUUGACAAAAACGGGCCUAAUUACUCUGAAAAAGAUAUGGAGAACAAAAAGUGUAUUUAUCUCUUCCGUCAUGAGAGUAAGAGAACUAUUGGAGUUGUCGUUGAAACAAGAGAGCUAUCUUAUUUUGGAGAUUUUUUAAUUUUUUAAAAAUAUUUAAAGAAGAUUAAUGUAUCAUUAUAUUUAUAUUAUUAUAUUUUUUUUUGUAUUAUUUAUUUUAAAUAAUAAUAAUAAUAACAAAAACGUGUUUUAAGCUAAAAAAAAAAUAAUAUUUAUUGAUUUAUUUA